GAAUAAGUUAAUAAUUAUAAUAAUAGCUAUAAUUUAUUGAGAUCAUACUGUGCCCAAAGGCAUUUCUAAACCUUACAAAGAAGGUAGUAGCAGUAACCAUAUUUUCAGAAAGAAAUAAAGUAAGGCACAUGAAAGUUAACUUUGACAUCGAUAGGGAGAAUCAGGUUACAGAAUUAAGUUUGUUUUAGUUGAGAAUCCACAUCUAUUAUAACUAUCACAGAGCUAUUCAAAUGAAGGAAAGAUGGAGAUUAUCAAGGAAAAGACAUUGAAUGUCUUCGAUUAUUUUGGAAGGGUCAUAUCAUAGAAGAAAUUGGUUUAUACUCAUAGCCUCAAAUAGAAUUAGAACGAGUGAGUAGGAGAUAAAAAGAGAUUGCUGCUAAAUUUUAGAAAGGCUAAACAAUUACAUUUAAAAGAAAAUGGACUUCCAUUUGACCGAGUGAAUUCACUGUCACUUAAAGCAGGUGAAGGAUGUACAUGGAAAGGUGGACUCAAAAGGUAAUGACCAGCCGAGGUGCUAGUUGGCUGGUCACUGAACAUUGCUUUCGCCUCCUCUUCCAGCAGACACAGCUGCUACAUGGGAGCAGGAAACCACACAGAAGUAUCAGACUUCCUCCUCCUGGGUCUCUCAGAGGAUCCUGAACUGCAAACCCUGAUCUUCGGAUUGUUGCUGUCCAUGUACCUGGUCACUGUGUUCGGGAACCUUCUCAUCAUCUUGAUCAUCAGCUGUGACUCCCACCUCCACACCCCCAUGUACUUCUUCCUCUUCAAUCUGUCCUUUGUCGACAUCUGUUUCACCUCCACCACUGUCCCAAAGAUGCUGGUGAACAUCCAGACACAGAGCAAAACCAUCUCCUAUGUAGGAUGUUUCACUCAGAUAUAUUUUUUUAUGAUUUUUGCCGGACUUGAUGGUUUCCUCUUGACUGUGAUGGCCUAUGACAGGUUUGUGGCCAUCUGCCACCCCCUGUACUACAUGGUCAUCAUGAACCCACGCCUCUGUGGCCUCCUGGUUCUGAUGUGCUGGUUCAUAAUUUUCUGGGUCUCUCUGCUUCAUAUUCUACUGUUGAGGCAGCUGAAUUUCUGUAUAGGCACUGAAAUUCCACACUUCUUCUGUGAACUGGCUCAGGUUCUCAAGUUAGCCUGCUCUGACACCUUCAUCAAUAACAUCGUCUUGUAUGUGGCCACUGCCCUGCUAGGUGUGUUUCCUCUUGUUGGAAUCCUCUUCUCUUACUCUCAAAUUGUCUCCUCCUUAAUGGGGAUGUCCUCUGCAGAGGGAAAAUAUAAAGCAUUUUCCACCUGUGGGUCUCAUCUCUCUGCGGUCUCCUUGUACUAUGGGACAAGCCUGGGGGUCUACUUUGGUUCUGCCGCGACCCAUUCUUCCCAGAGAAGCUCGAUUGCCUCAGUGAUGUACACUGUGGUCACCCCCAUGCUGAACCCCUUCAUCUACAGCCUGAGGAACAAGGAUGUGAAGAGGGCCCUGGGAAGGCUCCUCUGCCAAGCAGCCUCUUGUCCAUGAUUAGUCAGUUGCCUCAGAACUAAGUGGACAUUAUGGGCCUCAAAGGCAAAUGUUGUGAAUUUGAUCUCUUUGCUCCUUUUCUCCCCCAAAUGACAUGUUUCAUUUUUUUCUAUUCCCACAGCGCCUAUGACUGUUUUUAUUUCUUUUUGUGUUAGCUUCUCUUCAAUAACUUCCUCAGUAAUUCCUUUAUGACUUUCCUUCCAUAUUUAUAGCCCAUGAAGUUCUGGUUUUGGUCCACUUUCUUACAGCCAUUCCUGAGAUUUCCAGCAUUAGACCUGAAGCACUUAUAUCAAGUGCUGGCAUUAUUUCCCCCCAAAAUUAUACUCUGAAUGCUGAUGUCUUCACCUUAACUGGGUUGUGUGUUUGUUUUUCCCUGGAAGAAAUGGAAUGAAAAUCAUACAAUAGUCAUGACCAAAGUGCUUGCCAUAUCAAAGAUAUUCUUGUCACUUUUCAUGUAUAAUUUUAUGUAAUCCUGACAACACUUCCUUGAGGGUUUUUUUUUCUCAUUUACCCAAUUUUUCAGAGAAAUAGAUUAAAAUUGGGCUAAACUAAUCUGGAAACCUGACACUGAGCCCACAUACCUAAUUUUGCUAUCAUACUUUUCAUGAAAACAGUGAUGUGAUUUUCAACUUCAAGAGUAGGAAUCUAGAUUUGAAAGCUAGUUUGUCCAGGUGAUUCCUAGUAAUAUAUUUCACAGGAUAAUUCUGAGAUAUUUCUUCACUCUUUUCCUUUCUUCCUUCCUCCUUUCUUCCAUCCUUCCUUCUUUUCUUCCUUUCUUUAUUCCUUCCUUCCUUCCCUGUGUUAUUGGACCUUUAUUUCCCCUCAUUUCAGUUUUAAGAUACACCAAAGGUCCAAAAACAUCUAAUGAUGAAUGUAGGAGAGUAAUAUUUAUUCUCUCACAUGCUUUCUCUUGGGGGCAGGAUACCCUCUGCAGGUGCCAUCAGGAAUGGUAGUUUCAUGCUUGUGGAAUGCAUUCAGAACUUAGUUCACUUUGAGAAGAAUAUUGAUAGAAUCAAGUCUGCAGCGAAGGAGGGAGUAUUAGAAGCUGGUAGCAUUUCUCCCACAUUCCCUGGUAUCCUCUCACCAUCACCAGUAACAAAUGAUCAGUAGAAGUCUCCAUGAUUGCCUGAUUGCCAAUGGUCUGCACCAGGUGCAACCUAAUUUACUCAAUGCAUGAUGGCAGAAGUGACAUGGAAUUAUGCUCCACCAGAAACAGCUCUUGAUGGAGAGGUAUGGAUUACACCAUCUCCUUCACCCCUUAACUGGGAUAAUUCUGAAGUCUGGAUUUUGCACCAUUUUUCAGAAUUUCCCUAUAGGCUGAAAACUCUUUGACUUAUUGUGGAAGCUGACUUCAGGUAAGCUUUAUUGGAUGUAUUUUCUUCCCUAUGUCAGUUCUCCUCUCUCUAACCUAUGUUCUAUGUUUUCUACUCCAAUCAAUAAAGUGCUUGCACCUGAAUCCUUGUCUCAGCAUCUGCUUCAGGGAGAAAAGCCAAAACAGGUCAUAGAGACUGCAAAGGGUAUCAAAACAUUAUCAUGAAUGGAACUAUGGACUUUUGGUGAAAGAAAAGAAAAGAAACCAAGUAUUGUGUAUCUAGUAAGAUCUUUAUAUUACUGAAAAAACAUAAUUUGUUAGUGAGGAAAAACAUAUUUAGUGUGGCUUCAAUUCACUUUGAUCCCAUUAAGUUUAUUUUCCAGUGUGUGUUUUUUGUCUGCUGUAGACAAGCUGAAGAGGGGACCAAAGAGGUAACAUGACCGCAACACAGAGUGGUGAACAUAACAACACUGGGGUGCAAUAGAGCCUGUUGAAAACAAAGGUAAAAGCGUUCAAUCAGCUUGAGUAAUUCCAGAGAAAACUUUUAAAAAUGGAUUUUACAGAUUUAUUGAUGUAUAAUUUACAUACCA